AUGACGGGGUGCGCGAAAAAGUCUUUUGGUCCUCCAGAAUCACUUCCCGAACUAGCAAAGGGAUCCCGAGAACCAGGCGCCGAAGAGCCGCUGGCAGCCACUAUCCGAGACGCUCAUCGCUUCCUGAGAUGGGAAUCCCUCUACAUGGGCUCAAGAUACGGAGCGGGUGGAUCUACAGCGUCGUCAUCUCGAGCCGAGGAAUUGUCGCCAUCGGUUCCGAUGACUCCCCCAUUACAUAGGGGAUUUGGCCACUGGCCGCGAAGUAAACUAUCUCCCAGACCAGUCCGGGACUGUGCAUGCGGUUUGCUCCUCGGAUGUUGGAAGCAAACUUGCGGCGGCCUGUUCCUGGACAGUGAGGAUCUGGGAUCUCGAAGUGAAGCAUCCGAGUCCAGGACGCUCCAGAGCUAUUACAUCGAGCAUACAAAGACCGUGAGGAGUGUGGCCUUCGGUAAAGCCCGCAAACUACUAGCUACAGGUGCUGAUGACAAAGUCAAGGACGUAAGCUCCAUCUGGGAUGUGGAAAAGGAGGCCAACGGUGACAUCCACGCAACAACCAGCGAUUAUUCAGGGGUGGAAGGUGGGACGAAGGAUACUAGUGAAGUGGCAGCAAUAGAUGACGGCACAGUCCGAGUCUGGGAGCUGGACAUCGAGGAGCUCGGAAACGAAAUAGGAGAGCCUCUUGACGCAAGACGAGGCGACAUCAAUUCAGUUGCCUUCGCUUCCCAUUACAAUGGGUAUCUACUCGCUUCCUGCACAGAGCGCGCUAUUGACGUCUGA